UAGUGUUGAUAUUGGGACGGGUACCUGUACACCUCUGUAAACACGUACACCACACUACAGCUUACCUGUAUGGGUGCCCUACCCAGGGGGAACGGUAUGGAGUUUAACAUCUAGUCGUGUUUAAAUUAUAGGAUAUGAGCGAUACGUGAGCAUGGUCACCCUAUAGUGUGUGUUAUAGAAUACAGAUGAGUGGCAGGAUACACAGAAGAUAAUAUGUGAAUUCUUGCAACCAGUCCACAACUAAGUGACCAUGUCAAAGAAAACCAAACCGGAAGUACUUCACAGAAAUCUGGAGAAAGCCAUUCAACAAAACAACACAGAGAAAAUUUUAAGUUUAGUUGUUAACGAGAAUGUGGACGUGAAUUCACGAGACAUCAGUCAUGACCUGUUAACGAUCCUCAUGAAAGUAUGCUAUCUAGAAAUUCCUGAUCGUGAUAUCGUUGAUAUUAUAAACGAGGUUCUGGAACGAGAACCUGACGUCAAUAUGCAAGAUUCCCUGGGAAGGACUGCAAUAAUGCAUGCAUGUAUUUCCGGUAAAGGUGACGUAGUGGACUGUCUAGUCAGUGACCCGGAUAGUCGUAUCGAUAUAUUUGACUUUGACGGAAAUUCUGCCCUUAUGUACGCUGUGAAAACCGGAAGUUUACCGAUCGUUAAGAGGAUUCUUGACCAUCCGGGCGGUUUGGCAUUAUUGGAUGUAUAUGAUACCAAUGGAUUGUCUCCCCUGACGUACACGAAGGAUAAGGGAGAACCACGAUUGUACAAGUUGUUGACUUCGUAUCAGAAAAAUUUCCCUCAGAAUAAUGAGCGUCAAGCUAAGAAAACGAGGAGUCCUCAUUUACCGCCGCCAUAUUCUCCACGGCUGGAGCGAUUAAGGAAACAAGGGCAAACACCUCCCGAUGCUUUGAAUAGGUCAUUUGAACGAACCUCGCCUAAAUCUAUUUAUAUCGAUGACGAAACACGUCAUUCCCUAUCUCUCAGUACACCUAAACUAAAGCGCAGGAAUUUCAGGAGUUCUGACGCAAUUAAGUGUGGACGGGAAGUCAAUCUUCCUAUCAUUCGCAGGACAGACAGCUCAGAAAAUUGUACGGAUUAUCACCAGAGUCCAUUAGUGUCAAGACUUAAAGAGCGCCGGAAUUCACUUUCACUUCCGGACCUGCGUGAUAUGUCUGGAUGUCUAGUAGCUUCCGGUGAAAGUACUCCCGUUUAUCCCAGUAGUUCUGAGGGGUACUCCAGCGAAGAAGAGGAAGAUGAUUCUAUAUUCGGUCCUUACAAGUCUCCGAGAAAACAAGUUAAUAAACAAGUUAAAAAGUGUUUGUCAGAAAAUCAAAUUACAUUUCCACAAAUCAAGACUCCCCCUAAGAACAAACAGCUACAGCGGACGAUGACAGACACAUGUGUUUUUGGAAUCGGCAAAAAGGAUGGCGGUCGAAACAACAAAAAGAUUCAUAUACCUUCUGGACUCUUAUAGCACUGCAUACCUUGUAGAAGGACUUUACUACAAACCUAACCUCAUAAGAGAAACACAAGAUACAGCAGUGCAUAGUAUUGAAGAAUGAUAUAGAAAAAAAUAAACAACUGCGAAAAAAAUGAAAUAACAGCUAAAACAAAAAAAAAACGACAUGAAAUCAGAGUUAAGAUUUGGUAUAGCAGUGGACGGUAUUUCACGAUAAUGCAAAUCAUGAAAUGUCAGUUCAAAGCAUUAAACAACUGUGCAAACACUAAAACCUCUAAAAAUGCAAAACACUGAAAAAAAUAAUUCAUGUAAAUAUGGAACUGUCCAACACCUUAAAUAAUCUGAUGAUUUCCGUGUUUAGGACGGCAUCUCGUACACUCAGUACUGUUCUAUAGUGUGACAAUUAUGGCGUUACACCUCACCAAACAUUGUUUUACUGCAAAUGGCGUACAAGCAAUGGCGUAUCAGUAAAACCCAUUCUCAUAACAAUGGUUAUGUUUGCAUUAGAUAAAUAUCGCAAUCUCAGGACAACUAUCGGUACCGAGUCGCUAUUAAGCGAUUGUACAUUGUAUCUCAUUCACAGUGUCAUAUUUCCCUUGUGGUAUUGUACUGUUGAUAAAAAAACUCACAUCACAAAAUCAAAUUAAAGGUUAUAUACGGGCAAAUAAAAUUGUGUGAAUCUGUCAAAAUCAAUAUUUGAUAUUUUUCCGCGUUUUAACCCUUUCACCCCUAGGUAACUUUAGUAGACUUUACCAUGCAUUUAUCGGGACGAGUCCAUUAUGAUCUACAAUGGUGAAAGGUUUAAUGUUAAUACUCGUGUUUCCCGAUUUCAACGUCUUGAAAAUAAAACGAUAACUUCUAUAUAGGAAACAUACCGAAAACUGCCUCCCUUCAGAUCAUUAAGGUACGUUUACAAUUGCAAAGUUUAUUAUUAAUUAGUAGACUUUAAUAUACAUUUAUCGGGACGAGUCCAUUAUGGUCUAAAGUGAUGAAAGGGGUAAUGCGGUAAUGCUAAUACUCGUGUUAUAAUAAAAUUGCAGGGAAUUCCCGGUAUUAAUAAAAGAUUCACAUUCAAUUUUUUCUCACUUUCAUCGGCUAGCGAAUAGAGCGACAAGUUAUAUAUAGGAAACAUACCGGAUGUAACCUCCAUUCAGAUCAUCCAGAAAAAAUAGGAAAGGAUUGCUGGUGAUUUUUAUCUAAGGUAGCAUUGCUAUAACUAUUUACUCGUAGUUUUCAUGUUUUCUUUUCCUAUUAUUUACGUAAUCAGAGUCCGUAUUUAUGAAACCAUUUUCAUGCUAAAGCAUGAUUUUUGUGCUCACACCCACUCUCUUGUAACUCGCUUAAAUCUUGUCAUACAGUCAAAAAGUCAAGUGUAAGCAAUGAAAACUUGUUCGGCUUAAAGCCUUUCCAAAUAUCUUACAUAUCAUUGAAAAGAAUAUAAUCAAUUGAUAAAUGUAUCACUGGCAUGUGAAAAAGGGCUGAAGUACAGAAUAUUGAAUUGCGCAAGAGAACAGUAGCAUGAAUACGAGCCCUGGUGUCGAUUGGUGGUGUGCUUUACCAUAACAAUGGGAUUCUUCGUACCUAUUUCUACACUUACUCAAAUGUGAAUGUACCUUGAGGUUUACCGGCAACACAGGAGGACAAGCGGGUAUUAUCUUCAUAAAAUUAAAAUUUAUGUUUAAUUGACAGAACAGGUCAAAUAUAUUCCACUACAAUGCUAUCAUCAGUCAAGUUGUGAGAUCACUGGUAUUUCAGAGAGAGACUAUAACAUCUCUUAUAUUAAAAACUACACUUGGAAAUAGUUUAUAUAUCUCCUUCUUCGAUAUUCAAGGGUUGCGCUCUGAACAAUUGUUAAAGCAAACAAGCUAGCACAUCACACCACAGUAAUACUACCGGGAGGGUGGGAGCUAUGAGCAUGCGGCCAUUCGUGUGGCUGUUACUGAAAGAAUGGCCGAGCGCAUUGUGAUGAAAAUGAGGCGGUUUCAACAAUUUUCGGAAUUAGUCAAAACGAGGCUAAAAAAUACGGAUUGGCUUAGUAUGCAUACUUACCCUGUACCCUUGGAAUGCACCAUGAUAAAAUCGAAGGCUGACGUUUGUCUACUGUAUACCGGGAAACUUUCAAACUGUCAAAUAUUAGCCUUUCAACAGUAAACGUCAUGUUCGCCCAUCGUUAUUUUUGCCCUGCACAUGUAAUUACUAGAAAGGGUAUAUUCGUAUUCGUUGUCAUGAUAAUUUUACCCUCAUUGCGGAGGGCGAAAAAGGCGAAAUUUUAAUUGCGGCGACAAUUAUCAUUCAAUGGUGAUAGCUUAGUUCCAAACCUUGAAAUAUUAUCAUUCGAGAUCAAAGUCCGUCAAUUUAACAAUUACGCUGCCGUGUGAAUCACUUAUAUAUUUAAUCAAAGCUUUACUCUGAGAUCACAGCUCUACCGUCAAUUCCUUCACGACCAGUAAGACGUGUUCAGGGAUUUGGGUUCUUUGAUGACAAAUUCAUGGGUUGAAGAGUUGUUUCUGGGAUGAAAAGAUCCUCAGUUCUAGAGUUGACUCUGUGAUGACAUAAUCCUGGGUUUAUGAGCUCAAUCCGUGAUGACAAAAUCCUCGGUUCCAGAUUUGAUUCUGUGAUAACAAAAUCCAAGGUUAAAGAGCUGAUUCUGUGAUGACAAAAUCCUGGGUUUAUGAGUUUAAUCCGUGUUGACAAAUGCCUCAGUUCAAAAGAUGAUUCUUUGUUGAAGAGUAAAUGGAAGGUAUGAAGGGUACAACUGAAGUUCGAAGAUAUAUUUUUCAAAAAUAACAUAUGCAAGAAAUCAGGUAAUACGAUCACAUGCAUAUUUUGAAUUUUAUUAUUAGAGAUGUGUGUUUGUGUAUUGUUGUUUGUAUUUAAAUGUGUUAUUUCCCGUUAUUUAUUACUAUACAGUUCUGUGUCUGCAUUGUUGAUAUUACUAAUGUCAUUUUAAUUUCUUUUUACAUAUGUGACACCUCAGAAUCUAUCUGCAAUAAUACUGACUAUAUAAAUCUAUAUAUUUUUGUACAAUAUGAAUCUGUUUUAGAUAUUAUCUAUAAUACAUGUUUGCAUGCUAUAUCGAAUAAAAAUUAUGAAAUA